CUGCAUUUCUCUUUAACUGAGGUGAUAAGAUUACAAAUUUACGGCUUUUGCACUAUAAAAAGACCACAAAGAUGCUCUUGAAAGCAGUUUGAGUUGCAAUGUCACCCAAGAAAGUCAUACUCUCUAUUUCUUCCCUCGUCAUCUUGGCGACAUUUGUCGUCAAUGUGCAUUGUGAAGAAGUAGUGCCAGGAAUUCCUGUCCAAAGGCGCUCUACGAGGCAAACUGUCUUUGCAUCAAGAGCUGCAGGACCUGGAGCAACUUGUGGGAAUACCUUUGGGCCAAAAUGCAAGGACUGCCGAACUUUGAUGAAAUGCCUGGGAGCGGACCCUCCUGUAAGUAGCCAGAGUUGCGCAGAAAGGAAUCCCAAUACGCCCUACUGCACCAAAACUUACUGUUCAGCUACGCCUGAUGAUUCUGAUCCCACUUGCAAAGAACCCCAGAAGUCAGACUUCACAUGCACUGGGGAAGGAUACUACCCUGAUCCUGAUCAAUGCACCAGGUACUAUAUCUGCCCAGGACCAUUACAGGAUGCCGUAGCCUACGACUGUCCAACAAACUACGUCUACAAGUCCAAGGAACGCGGUUGCGGCAGGAGAGUGAAUGCCCUAGAUUGCGCUACAGUCGACUGUUCCAAGACACCCAACGAAUUUGGGGUAUACAAAAACGAUCCAGCUUACUAUUACUUCUGCUUAUCCGACAAAAAUACGAAAAAAACCGUCGUGAUGAAGUGUCUUGAUGAAGUUAACAGCCAAUACGAUCCGAAUGUUGGCGAAUGCACCUUCCGUUGCAGCAAAGAGGGCAAGUUUGUAGACGUACUUGACUGCACCAAAUACAACGUUUGCUACAGAGUCGGAUCGACAUUCCAAGUGGACAGUGUUCAGUGUCCUACUGGUUACUUCUUCGAUCCAGUUGGCUCAAAAUGCGCUAAGGGAACCUGCACACCGGAAGUGACCACACAACCUCCAGCGUCCAGUACAACUACAACAAAUGCGCAAUCAUCUUCCACGACAACCACUACCCAAUCUUCCCAAGGAAAAUAAACAUACCCAACGCCAAGAACAAAAAACUUGUAAUAUCUCCAAAAAUAACCAAGAUAAUGCAAUAAAAUUCAACAGAUAAUCAUAUACAAAAAAAAA